AGGAAACCUGAAGUGCAGUUGCCACGAGGGGUUCUAGCGAGCCACGCGUUUUACACAUUAUAUUAACCGUACAAUUACAGCACCUCUGUAGAGUCCAUAUUUAAAUAUACUGAAGUUUUGUUUUCACUUUGUCGUAUAGACCAGCCCCAAUAUGUACAGAAGAAUUAUUAGUUUCUUCGGGGGUGCCACGUCUGAGAAUUCAGAAGAUAAAAGCGAAGAACUGGCUCAGACGAAAAAUGACGAAAUGACCGGAAGUGGCAAAACUUUGCACAGCGGAAGUCAAGUGGCUAACACCAUGUCAGAUGGGGAGCAAAGGGCACUGCACAGUCGCAUUGAAAGUCUGGAACACGAAUUAAAGGUUCGUACUGAAGAAAGUGAGAAUUACAAGAACAGACUUCAGCUUGCAGAGAAGGAACUGGAAAUUCUGAGAACAGCUGCUGUUCCUUCACCAAUCAGCAAGGUGACCAUUGGGGUAGGAGAUGGAGUUGUGGAUGAUACUGAGGACAACAUUCAUGAACGAGAACCAUCUGCUAACAUGGAAGAGCUGCUGGAUGAGAAUGCUGAACUGCAUGAAGCGCUAACCAAAGCUAGUGAACAGCUGAAGGAUAAGAUGGACAUGUGUGACAAUCAUGAGAAAAAGAAUAUAGCUCUCACAAAUCAGAUUGAAACACUGAAAGAAGUGGUGAACAUAACAAAGGAUCUCCUUAAUAUCCGUGACAUGGAAGUACACCAUCUACAAAGUGAUGUGGAGUCAAUGGAAGGAAAAAUUGCAGAAGAAAGGCAAAGGCACAAUUCAAUGAUUACAAAAAUGGAAGAAGCGGUGAAAUUGAAUUCAGAUUUAAAAGAAGAGUAUCAGAAUCAGCUGAAGAUUUUCCAAGAACUGAAAGGGAGAUAUGAAGAGAAAGUGACAUUACUGACAAAGGAGAAUGAGAAACUUGAGGAGGAAGUUUCAUUGUCAAGAUCUGUGCCACAUACUGCACAAAGUAAUCAACAAGUAAUUACAGAUAGCCUUGUGAGUGCAGAAACAGGUACACAGUAAAUCUUUUCAAAUUGUUUCCUAAUGCUUGUAAAAUGAAACUUAUAAUGGCGCAUAACACUUGGAUUUCAUAGGAUGUCUUGUUGAAGCACAAUAUUAAACAUUAACACCAAUAUACUCAUAAAACAUGAAUUCUUAACUCAUAAAAAGAAUUGUUUUAUAUGCUUUUAAAUUCUCUGACCAUAACAGAGUUUUCUUAUAGAUUACCAUUAGUCCCCUUUUCAUAACAAAUCUCAGAGUUUGUCCUAUUUAUUCAGAGAUACAAAAUCAUGUGGUUUCAGUGCUAAUUGCAGAUUAUAAGUUUUUUCAUCCACAGCUCUAAUGUAUGCAAUGAAUAGGUCUCAAAUCAUGAUUAAACUUUUUUCACUACCAAUAGAAUAAUUUACUCCAUACAUAGAGUGGAACAUAUUACAGAAAUAAUUAGCUUAAUAAAUUUGAUAAAUUAUGUAUAUGAAAGAUUCAAAUAUGGAUGAAGACUAUAUUUAUUGGUCUCCUAGAGAAAGAGAUGUAUAUGAUGUGUAUGUUAUAAUAUUCAACUGAAACAAUGAUGUGUCCACAAAAGGACAAGUAGAGUUAUGGGACCAUACUUCAAAUGAAUGCCAAUACUGGUCAGCAAUGAAUUUUAAAUAAUUAAAUAUUAGGGAUGUCAAUAAAGUGUAUAUGUAAUCAGCAGUAGUUGCUUGAAGUGAUCAAGCAAGCUUAUAAAGUAAAAAGCAACCUGUGAUUAUCAACAAUAAAGAAUUCCGACAGCACAUG